AAAAAACUCAAAAUUUAGAGGUUACAAAAAUUGAUUUUAGCUUUAACAACCCAUAUAGAAAUAAUAUAAAAGAAGAAAAAACUCAAAAACCAGAGAAUACAGAAAAUAACUUUAGUCUAAAUAAUCUAUACAAGAGUGAUAUAGAAGAAGUAAUCCAGAACAAGGAAGAAGUCAUAGUCUAG